CCCCUCUGUGUAGCUCAACAUGUGCGAGUUUAUCAUGAAGACCAUCCUCAUCAUCACCAACGUGGUGGUGAUGGUGGCAGGUGCUAUCAUGCUGGUUGCUGGUGUCGUCUUCUUCACGAAGAAGUUCGACUUUUUCCCUGAUCUAAAGGAUUACUCGACUAACGUCAAUUCUAUCCUGAUCCCGAUGAUGGUGAUCGGUGGUGUCCUAUUUCUAGUCGGAGUGGCAGGAUGUUUCGGAGCUGCAACUGGAAAGAGUGGACUUCUCAACAUUUACUUUGUCGUCUUGCUCGUCGUCCUUGUUCUUGAGAUCAUAGUCGUCGUUCUUGCUAUUGUGAAGAAACAAGCCUUCGUUGAUGCCACUGAAGAUGCUGCUAAAAAACUGUUCGAGAAGUACAAAAAACAAUUUGUGGAAGAGGAGUCAGCGGAGGAGUUAACUGAUAUAACUGAGAUUCUGGCUGUUAACUCAGCCCAGUCUAUUUUCCAUUGUUGUGGGUUAACUAAAGGUCCUAGCUACUGGAAAACAGACUCUCAGACCGAUGUCCCCCCUGGAUGUUGCAGUGAUUGGAACGGCGAGGAUAUACCUGAAUUGAAACUAGAAAGCUGCGCUGAAGAUAAAAUUUAUAAAACUGGCUGUACUGAGAAAGUUAACGAUUUGGCAGACCAAUUCGGUGUUAUCAUUCUAAUCAUCGUUGCUUCUGUGAUGGCUUUCGAGAUACUCUGUCUGAUUGCGGCUUGCUGCAGCAAGAAAAACGACCAAGUUUUAGCUUAAAGAACUAGUAUUGGACUCACCAUCCAUACCAGCGAAAAGGAACUGAACGGCUAUAAAGUCAUCAAAGUUGAUUACUCAUGUCUUUUGGUGACUUUUAUAUUAAGAAUCUUAGGUGACAUAAUACAUAAUAUAUGUAAACAUUUUAAUCAUAAAAUCUAGUUCCUAUUGAUUAAGUACCAAUAAAAAAUCGUCUUAAAUUUCGGAGCAUCUAAAAUCGUAGUUUUAAGCAAUUAAAUAAUUAAACAACCGUUUAUCGAUUUGCCGUGAACCCCGAUUUACCGUAUCUUCCCCACAAAAUUUUGAUAAGAUGUCUCAAUUGUUAGUUUGAUAUAACAUGAUAUCCUUUCAAAUACGGCUUCUGAAAGGAUCGCAAUGACAAUUGCGGGGUCGCAAUGACAAUUGCUUAAGCAAUGACAAUUGCUUAAGCGAGUUUUUCAGGCACGUUACCUAUUUCACCAAUUACCUCAAUUACGUGCUUGUUGCUUGUGGACUAUAUUAUAUCCCACAUGCGAUCUGACGUGGACUCAAAAGUCAAAACACCGAUUUACCGUACAUCCAGAUUUACCUUAUAGUUAUAAAACCAAUAUGUAAGGGUCCUACUAUGUACUUUUUUACAAGUACGUUCAAGAUUCAGUAUUGCAAUUGGCAUUGCAAUUAAAUGGUCUGUUUAUUUUUCCAAAUUUAUU